AUGUCCGUGGCGCCCUCUAGGACCCAGUUUCUGUCGCUUUACCGGCAAUACAUCAGGAGUGCGAACAACUUCACGAAUUAUAACUUUCGCAAGUAUUUUCUCAGAAAGGCCAGGACAAGCUUUGAAAAUGGUAGCAAGUUGAAUAACUCUCAUGAACUUGACGAGUUUUGGCUGGAGGCACACAAAGAGCUAGCUGUUUUGAAGAGACAAGCCGUGGUUUCCCAGAUGUAUACGUUUGAUCAACUUGUUGUCGAACCAUUGGGAAAAAAGCAGGCUUAA